AUGUCUCAUGAUCUACUGGAUAUCUGUGCCUGUCUCACAGAAUUUGCUGAGGAGGCUGGUGAAAUCAUUCUCAAGGCCCAGAGAUCAAGACCUGUGAUCACGCAGAAAAAGAACAGCAAGAGCUGUGUUGCAUCCGCAUCCUCCUUGUCCUCAGCUAACCGCCUACCUGCUCUAGCCGCCGACAUCGUGACACCAACAGAUCAGGAAGUGGAAGAAUUUGUUCGACAGUCACUUGCGAAGCGUUAUCCCGACCUCGAAUUCAUUGGUGAAGAGACGUACAAGACAGGAAUGCAGAUUUCAGAUCGCCCCACGUUUAUCGUCGAUCCUAUCGAUGGGACGUCGAAUUUCGUCCACUCAUUUCCGGACGUGUGUAUCUCGAUUGGUCUACUAAUUGUCAGGAGACCUGCCGUCGGUGUCGUAUACAAUCCCUUUCGGCAAGAGUUGUGGUACGCAGCACGCGGCCACGGGGCUUUCACUCAAAUAUUCCAUGGCGAGAGGCAAAAGCUCCCGUUUGUUUCGGCGCCUUUGCAAGGCCUAGAUGCUGCCAGCGUUGGGAUAGAAUGGGGAAGUGAUAAAGAAGGCCCAAAUUUCAAACUCAACUUAGUAGUAUUUACAACCUUGGCUCGCACCGCUGCAACAGGUAGCCGCUUUAUCAACUCAUUGAGAUGCACUGGCUCCGCGGCAAUCACAAUAUGCAGAGUCGCUACGGGCCAGCAGGAUGCUUUUUGGGAAUGUGGUUGUUGGGCUUGGGACGUUGCCGGCGCUUGGUGUAUCUUGGUCGAAUCUGGAGGAAUCAUGAUUGACGGUCACCCUGGGCAGUGGACGGCGCCCAUUGACAAUCGCCGCUAUCUCGCCGGAAGACCUGCGACGACCGGGCAGCGAAAAUUCAUACAGGACUUCUGGUCCGUUAUCGGAGAGAAUAGAUCCACUUAUGGCCCGCCAGACGUGAGGGUGUCUGAUUCCAACUGA